AUGUCCUAUCCCCGCCGGCCGACAUCAUCCGAACAUCCAUACGCUCCGCCUACCUCAUCGCCCCUAUCACCCCACUCCGCACCACCCCCGCCAUCGGAACCUUCGGUGGCUACCACCAACUCGCACUACUACCGGCCGCUCCGUUCUAGCUUGACAUCGCCCGCUCGCUCCAAUAUCUCUUCACCGGCCCAUUCGCCGACUCGCCCUUCCCGACAAUCUCGGAUACAAUCGCUCCUGGCCACGGAUCCUCUGCUCUCCCAUCUGACCCCCGUCACGAUAGCCCGUCUGUCCACCUCCGGGGACUUUGAUUUCAAGCCGGGAGAGAAGGAAUGGUCUCUACGUGCCGUUGAAGGCACCGUCAAGGUUAACGAAUGGCUGCGCGAAGUGGAGGGUUGGAACCGAGAAUGGCGGCGGUCAUACCGGGAGAAUAAAGAUGCCGGAGAUGGAUACCUACCCCCCACGGAUAGGCCUAAAAAGCGACGGAAGACCGACAUGGGCAGUAUCCGAGAGGAAGAGGAGGAUACUAUGCUAGAUGGUUCGAAACCGGUUCGGCGGAGGCUCUUUUCCGAGAAUAAUGGCGCUGGCAGGAAUGAGCACGUGAUUGCCAAGGAUGAUACCGGGCUUGAGACUGCGGAAACCCUGAAACCUCAGACGGAUUCACCGAGCCUCGGGCGGGGUGGAAAACCACUCACACCAUACCAAUUGAAGAUUCAGCGGCAGAGGGCCGCAGAGGCGAGAAAGGAUUUGGUGCCGGUUGAUGGGGCAUCGGAGCCGGAUCAGGCCCCAGUUGAACCGGUCGAGAAGAUUGAUGUGAGGGAAGGGGAGGAGGAGGAUCAGGAUGACGAACUUGAAGAGGGUGUAGAAUAUUGGGGGAGCCUUAGGCGAUCUGUAGUGGAGGGCUAUGAAGCCCGGAUAGAAGCCAUAAAGUCUGAAAUUGAGGAAUUGGAUGUUGAUGGCCUUAAAGAUAGGGUUUUAUGUAAGAAUGGCUCUUCCCCCCAUAUUUGGCUCAUAGGAUGCUAACUGCGGAUCAUAUUAUCAGCAUAUCGUACCGGCACGGCUAAUCCAUUGACCGAUUCUUCUGCUAUAUUGGCUGCCACAACUCUUCAACUGCUCCCACCACUCGCACGUCUGACAAAGCUGCUCUCCAUCUGGGCUGUUCGAAUUGCCGUCCUUCGCGUUGUGCCCGUCUUCCUGCGUUGGUUGCAGAUCGCCAAGGACGCUCUCGACGCGGGCUAUACUGCUAUCAAUCACCCCUCCAUCAACCCCGAGUCUGGCCCGCUGGAUACUGACUGGCGUGGUUUGGAAGAGGAAAGCUACACGCUCAUGCAGGAAACUAUUACGCAAAAGGUGGCCACAGCCGGUAGAUUAAUGGAUACCAUGCUGGACGCUUUGGAAGGCCGUGAGGACGUGUUGCCAGAAAAGUGGAUAGUCGAGUUGGAAGAUGUGGAGGAGGGCGUUGGCCGUUGGGAGAUGGAUGGAGAGAGGGUUGUUCUGGAAGGUCGUCUGCGCCUUGAAGAAAUGAGAAUGCGCCAGAGUCGUCGAGAGGAGGAGGCUCGCGAGAGGGAGAAGACUUUGCUCGUUUUGGAGCAGGAGAGGAGUGCACAGGAAGCAAGAGUGGAGGAGGAGGCGGCGAUGGACGUCAUGGAGAAGGCCGAAGAGACGGAUAGGCAAUUGCGGGAGGCUCUCGAGACGAAUGACAUCGUUGCGGAGGCCAUUGAGUUGCCGGAUGACGAUGAGAAUGACUGGAUCGAACCCGACACGGCCCGGGGGGAUAUUGAAGAGCUGCUUUUGAAGUUGGAAGAUGUUGAAAAGGAGAGGUCGCUAUCGGAAGAGGAUGAAGAUAGAGGGAGAAGGUCAAGGAGAGCCAGGAGUAUCAGCGCGGCGCACUCACCACGUGGUGUGGAUAACCACCGGGAUCCCCCGGAACCACCUUCUGCUAUCGGACCGCUGGUGGUUGAGGAGGAUCAGAAUGAGCCCCUCCCGGCUGGAGAAUCUGAGCCUCUGACGACCGCUACGAAUGGUACAUUCUUCUCGCGCCUCUUCUCAGCGGUUCCACGGGCACCCUUACGCAAGGCAAAUCAGGCAAGCGAGGGGGCGUGUUCAUUGCCAGCGGUAGUUUCAUCUACUGUGUCUGAGGGGCCUGCUGUAAAUGUGUCCGCUACUCUCCCCGAAGAGACAGCUCGCCCGCAACUGUCGCAGCAGCGGCGGGAUGAGGAUGAGAGGAUCCGAAUGGCGGUAAGUCAACAGAUGGAACAAAAUUUGAGUCAAGGGCGGAGUGCGCGGAGCGAACCUCGAACAUCUUCCCCACCAGCACAUAUGGAGGAGCAACAGGAGGAAAAACGGGAGAAGGAGAAACAGUUAAAGGGGGUGGAGGAGGCGGAGGAGGGGGAGGAUGGAGAGGAUGGAGAGGAUGGAGAGCGGAGGGAGGGCAAGAAUGAACCACAAGUCACCUUCGCGGACGAUGAAGCCAUUCGUCUCAACAUCGUUCAACAGAUGGAGCAAAUGAUGAUUGGCGAUUCCGGUCAGAGCCAGCAGGUGGAAGCCGGGGCCAUUUCGGUGACACCCGUCCCUGAGCCAGCUUGGACAGCCGAGCGAUCGCAAUCACAGCCCCAGACGUCGAGCGCUCUCCCGACAGAGGCUGACGAACAGAUCCGCCAGAGGAUCACUCAAGAUAUGGAGCAGUCCCUUGUUGGAACUGGUGUAUCCCAGCUGGAGCAGAAGAAGGAAGUUGUUGAAAGUUCACAACCAGUUGUUGCUUCCCAGCCCAAUUCGAGCACUAUGUUAGGCUUACCUGUGGCCACUAUCCCCAAGCUGUCUCGGAGUACUACCGAGGACGACGAGAUUCGGCGAAAGCCCACGACGGGAAUGGUGCAGUCCAUGUCAACGGGAUCUAUGGUGCAGCCUGAAAUUAAGCGCGAGAGCCAGCAAAUAUCUCAGCUGACUUCCGUACAGCCGGUCGCUGUGCCGGUGGUUGGUGCUAUUUCCGCCCAACAGUCUCAUGCUCAGGUAGAUACCCCUCAGGACGACGAGGCGAUCCGCCGCCAAAUCCAAAAGGGGAUGCAAAGACUACUAGAAUCCGGUGGCACCCUUUCUACAUCUACUGCCGUUGUUACCGUUGACAAGCCGGCUAAGGAGUCUGCCCAGGAGCCGGUUGAGGAGAAAUCUCCAUUCUCAACACCCCCGAGGUCUGUUAGACAUCCGUCACCACCUAUCAUUGGGGAUGAUGACCAGAUACGGCGUAAGAUUGUGACGGAGAUGGAACAGUUUGUGAAUAAAGAUGUAUGUUAACACCCAAGUAUGAAUGAACAAUAAUUAACCUAUUAGCGGCAUGUGCUCCAGGCCGCGGCUCCAUCCGGGUCCAUAGAUCUAGAGUCACAGCAAUGCAUAUUGCAACCCGAACCUCGGUCUAUCAUCGCUCCUGCUGGGGGCAAUGAAGACGAACAAAUCCGGCAGCAGAUCGUUCGGCAGAUGGAGGAAAUGAUGAUCCAUGACACUGCCCCUGCAGCCGAUGAGCCGGCGCUGCAGGAGCCUGUCUCUCGUGUUCUGGAAGCAGCACAACAGGCCCUUCCUGUGCCUUGCGCAACUUGCACAACAACCACUCCAGCACCCCAGGUAAUUUAUUCGGAUGACGACGAGAGAAUCCGCCGGAAGGUUGUCGAGGAGAUGGAGACACUCCUACGAGGUGGAAGCAUGUCCCAGCAAUCCCAGCCAGCAACUGUGAAGCCCACUAUUCAACCGCGGCAAGCCACCGCACAACCGGCUCCAAUACUAGUGCAGCCCACACACCCCGAAACCCCAGCAGACGAUGAGAAAAUCAAACAGAGGGUUACCGCUGAGAUGGAGGAGUCGUUGAAGAAGGAGCGAUCACCAGCUGCGGAAUGUACAGGUGGUGAAUCGGGAGCCCAACAAGCUGUGCUACGUGUGGAGUCCGAAAAGAGAGUAGAUGGGAAGUGGGAAGCAGAAGCCGAGCGCCAGCGACUUGCCCACGAACAAGCUGAGCGUGAGAGAAUUACCAAACUUGCAGAAGCUGAGAAGACCCCUGAGGCUGAGGCACGAAAAGCAGCCGUGCUGGAAGCUCAGAGACUCGCCGCAGAAGAGGAGCUUGCCGAAAAGGCCCGCCUGGAACUUGAAGCGGAAAAGGUUGCCGAAACUGAGCGCCUUCUACUUGCCGAGGAGGCGGCCGAAAAGGAAAAGGCUGCGGAGCUUGAGCGGCUUGCCGAGGCCGAGCGCCAACGCCUCGAUGCUCAACGCCACGAAGAAGAGACGGCUGCAGCAAAAGCCUUGGAAGAGCGGAGGGCGGCUGAAGCGGAGAGGGCUGCUGUAGUGGAGGCCGCUCGUCAAGUCUUUAUCAGCGGACAGGCCAAAUUUGACGACAACAAGUUCCAAGAAUUGGAUCGACAAAGACGGCUUGCUGAGGACGAGCGGGUGAGAUUGGCGGAUGUGGCUUUGGCUGAGCGGGAGAAGGCGAGAGAGGCCAGGCAACAGGCUGAGAGGGUGCAGCGCGAGCGGGAGAUCGAGGUGGAGAGGGUGAAGGCGGAGACUCUAAGGCAAAGAGCAAACAACGCUUUGGGAGCCGAUGCUUCGGACACUGGAACGGAAGGGUUCCGGGGCAUCGAGACGGGAUCUACGGCUACAGUUGAAGAUGAUCUGACCUCUGAUGUAUUCGAUACUGCGGCUGAGUCGGACGGGUCAGGAGAUGAUCUAGACUAUUCGGACAUAUGGAAGGCGCAGACUGGAUACGAGACUCCACGUGCGAUCCAGGAGCCAGAAGACAUUUUACUUGGGGAAGUUAGUCGAAGCUUGGAAUCCGUCAUGGCUACCCCUGAAUCCCCGGCCCCAUCAUCACCAAUGCACAUAGAUCAACCCACCGCCGCUAAGCUGCCUUCGCCCCCGAAUUCCGAUGAUCAGGACUACAAGCUGUCGGGCAGGGCGGGUAUCAAACCCUCUGUUGAGAUGCCUUCUAACCUAGCGCAUGUUUGGGAGCAAAUUUCUGAAACUAGUUUUGAUAUAGGCAGCUCUGGUGGCGGCGGGAAUGAGGACGAAGACGGAAGAGGGAAGGGAAUCAAAUUGACGUUUGACAAACUACUGAUUGCUGACAAUUCGGCUGAUGAACAUGUGGCUUUGGACAGCGGUGAGCCAGAGAAGUCGGCGAUGGGCUGUGAAGAUGUUCUAGCUGUUGAUCCCAGCGAGCUCUUGCCGCCCGAGACAUUUGUCGAACCCAAAACGCCGGCUAAAGGUCUUGGAAACAUUCCUAACCUAUCCCCUCCGGGCCAAUAUAUGUUCGAUUCCCCUGAAGGCUCGAGAUCACAAGGUAUGUGUUAGCUUUAAGGUGUUUAGUGUUAUGCUAAUGAACGAGCAGAGGAUUUCCGACAUUUUGACGACGAGGACUUUUUGCUAUCGCGCGGCUAUUCGUUUGACACCCCUUCAAUUAUUCUGGCGCCAUCCACACCCCAAAAGGGGAAUACACCUCAGAAAGGGGAUUCCCUAGAACACAGCCACGACGAGGAUUCCGCGGGUACCCCUCGGCGCGGAGUGUCUCCUCAAUCUCCUGAUAGCCAAAAUGGAUCAUUUGGCAUUUCGCUCUCUCGCGCCUCGAUGGGUGAGGGUGACCAGGCAGAUAUGUCGGGCAGUAUGAGUUAUUUCGAACAGGAGGAGAGUUCCGAGAUUGAGAUUAAGCCCGUUGCUACUUCAACUCCGAAGGGAAAUCGACGACUGACAGUUACGACUGGACUGGAUAGUAUUGUGGAAGUUCUGACCCCUCGCUCGACAAGGGGACAGCGUUUCGACGAUUCCGAUCGUUGCCGGAACGAUAGCCCUGGUCUAGAUGGCUUUUCUGGGGAUAGAGAGGGAGCAGACUCUCUAGGAGAUGGUGUUUUCUCCUCGCCGAUCGUUCCAGAUGAGAGGGUGGAGAAGGAAAUGCUGCCAAUUGAGCUGUCAGAGAAGGUGGCGGAGCGGGAGAUCUGGAGGGAUCCAACGCGCGCGACUUCCGCUUCUAAAAACCGGUCUGUUCCUCCACGGAGUAGCACGCCAACCUUUGGUAAAGGUCUUGCGAAGGACCAGAAGCAGAGAUUUACUCUGUGCUCGAGCUCUUCGGCUCCUAGCGCUACCACUGAAUAUAGGGUUUGUACUGUUUCUGGCUUUGGGAGCUUAAGUGCUAAUUUUUCAAUAGCGGCCGACAAGCAGAGUGGAGGCCCGGCCCUCUAGCAGACAGGGUAAUCGUCCCUCGAGCAGGGCGCAAGAAUAUCGUCCGCCAAGUAGGGCGCGGGAUACAGGGAUAGCAGGGCCCUCCCCCCGAGCAGGUUUGUCGACACCCGGCGGGGCUGCUGGCGACGGGUCGAACUCUUCAACUCCGACUGGGACUCCCGCUCCCGCUAUAAGGCCUAUGCGGGGAUUACGUCGUGACACGGUAUCAACCACUGGGGCAGACUCCGAUGAAGAUGACGACCCUCGGCGUUUCCUCCGCGAGAACACCCCGGAAAUGCUCAAUUCACCAGAUUUUGUUAAGGCGCCAAAGCUUCAAGUUACCAAGAGGCAUGUUCGACAACCUUCGAAUUUCACAAGCACGGUCACUCCGGAGAAGAGUUCGCGAUCCAACAAGGGGCCGCAUGUGGCACAAGGCUCCUCCCUAGUUCUUCCUACCACGCCGAUACUCCAGGUGGAUCUCGACGAUAAGAUCAAUGAGAUUUUGGGCAGCCUACCGUCCAAGGUCCGCUUGACAGCGUCAAACCUACAGAAACUCAGCGAGUCAACCAAGCGGCAACCCCCUAUAAAGCCCUUUGACCUAUCGUCUCCCACAGGGAUUCCAGGUCCCGGGUCGGUAGGGUCAUCUCCAUCCAUCGCCUCUGAGGUGCCUUCAUAUGCUCGCGCGUCUGCUAGAAGGCACAAUUCAAGUAGCCCUGGUGACAUCAAGCUUUACCAUCUCCAUCGUACGGAUGGCCAAGCGCCCAUUAAGCUUUAUAUUCGGCUGGUGGGAGAGAAUGGAGAGAGAGUGAUGGUACGUGUUGGCGGUGGGUGGGCAGAUUUGGCGGAAUACCUCAAGGAGUAUGCAACGCAUCACGGGUCAAAGAGAAGGGUUGUCUCGGAGGGCAGAGUGGAGAUUCAAGAUCUUUCAACUCACACUCAUCACGGUCGGACGCUACAUCCAUCCAGGUCUAUCUCCUCCUUUCGAAGCGUGAGUCCCGGGCCCAUGGGUAGCCGGCCAAGCUCUCCUCUUCCAGGUGGCAACCGCCCAUCAACGUCGCUCAGCAUGCGACGUCCAGAAAGCCCCAUGUUGAUGAAGCGAUCGGAGAGUGAAAACCCGUCACUUCAUACCAACUCAACAACAAUGCGAGGUGGACACAAUGGCACUUUGUCUAGAAAUAGCAGGAUAUCACCAACAACCCCUCCCGACGAAACCUUCCCUCCGCAGCCAGUCACAGCCGUCCAGCUCACACCGCCGAACCGCAAUUCGCCGCCCGGUCGCCCAGCUUCCCGACCGGGUUCAUCUUCAUCCGUCGGCUAUCGAAGACCCACUUCCCGGCUCUCGUUCUCGGAAUCAGUAUUCGGCGACUCCGGCUCUGUAAACGGGUACUCUCCGCCAUCACUUCUUCCCCAACCACAGCCGCUCGGCCUUGCCGGUCCAAAGGGCAAGAAUGUGCACCCAGACAACCAAGCCUGGGUUGAAGACAUGCUGGGGCAGGUUAGGAAGGCCAGCGCGGACAGGAGGACCCAGUUACUGGCUGCCGCUGCCGGACACUAUGGAGAUGGAGGGGUUGACGAGGUGGCUGUCGAGGGGUCUGUGCCUCUAGGUGGAGGAGGGGGGCAAGGGGGGGAUUAUAGCGGGAGGGAGUUUGGAGGCAAGUUGGGGGAGAUUGGAAAGGUGGGGGGGACGAGGAGGUUGUUUGUUAAGAGGGGAUAA